AUCGCUCGCCAGCCAGUGGUUACCCUCUCAUUCCCUCAAGACUCCCCUGUUCAGCAUCUGUAUUUUACGCAGCACUUCGACUGUAACUUACAUCUGUGUCGAGGUAUAAACACCGCCAGCUGACUGACAGACUGCUGUUUUGUCUCGGAGAGUUGGUUACUUUCUCAACUUCAUCAACAAUUUUUCGGAGAGGUUCUUCAGAGAGUAACAGGUGCGGGACUGGAGCGCUGAGCGGUCGCCGAGACAAGUCUUUUUGCUCAGGUUGCCAUUAAGUAUCAAAAAUAUGGCAAACUCGGGCGUUCAGUUGCUUGGAUUUGGUCUCUCUCUGAUUGGCAUCAUUGGACUGAUCGUGGGCACCAUCCUCCCGCAGUGGAAGAUGUCAGCGUACGUGGGGGACAGUAUUAUCACGGCAGUGGCCACUUACCAGGGACUGUGGAUGUCCUGCGCAUUUCAGAGCACCGGACAGCUUCAGUGCAAAAUCUACGACUCCAUUCUACAACUAGACAGUGAUCUCCAAGCGACCCGUGCUUUGAUGAUUGUGGGUAUCAUCGUGUCCAUUGCCGGUCUCGGUGUGGCCUGCAUGGGAAUGAAGUGCACCACCUGUGGAGCUGAUGACAAAGUUCGCAAAGCUCGCACGGCCAUGACAGGAGGCAUCAUACUGCUGGUGGGAGCCCUCUGUGCAGUUGUGGCCUGCUCUUGGUUUGCCCACAACGUGAUCCGAGCAUUCUACAACCCCUUCACUCCAGUCAACACCAAGUUUGAAUUCGGCGCAGCCAUUUUCAUCGCUUGGGGUGGGUCAUUUCUUGAUGUUCUUGGUGGAGCCAUGUUGGCUGCUUCUUGCCCUCGAAGUAAACAAGUGUCAAAAUAUCCUAAAAGUAACUCUGCACGGUCUGCCAGCAGCAGCAACAAAGAAUAUGUGUGACCAAGACUGCCCCCCUCUGGACAGACACUGCAGCAACUUCAGAAGGUGAAGAAUUUCUUCAACAGAUUAAUGAACUGAACAUGUUGUGGAAGGUUAAACAGCUGCCACUGAGAAAGAAAACAGGUUACCAACUGACCAAUGUCCCAUAAUAAAAAGGGCAAUCAGUUGUCCAAAAGUUCAAAUAGAUAAUGUUUUUACAAACACUUUGGCAGUUUUUGAAAUGGAGGACUGUAGAAAUCUAGUGCCAGAACAAAUACUCACAGAUUGCUUUGUGUCCUCGGUGUUUCAGUGAAGUGUUGGUUUCUCUGUCAAAGAAGAGAAACUUGGGUAGUGGGUCAUAUAUGUUGGUGUUUUCAAAGUGCCCACUAGGGAGCACUAUAACCAACACCCCAAGCAGGUGUUGCCCAAAAUGGAGGCUGAUUUUUACCUUAAUAUUUGUUUGUUUUUGAGUAUUUAUCCUACAGAAAUGCUAACAUGUUUAAUACUCAUCUGAGUCACUCUUAUGUAAUGUAAUUGCAGAUGGUCGAGGAAGAUCCUUUUUUUCAUUUGUUUAACACAUUUCAGUAUUAACUCACCUCCUCACGUUCAUUUUUAUUGUCCAUGAGCCUGAAUAUCUUUUACUUAUAAAAGCUUACUGAUAAUGGCAGUGUUAGUUAGCUGUUUUAGACAUACGUGUGUUUUACAUGCUUAUUUUCAAUAAAGGUGGCUUUCAUUA